AUGACCUCCGUCAACUGCCCCGUGUGCUCCUUCAGCUACGCCAUCACCAACAUCACCAACCACAUCCGGAAGGCGCAUGCUGGAGUUCACGUUACACAAGAUGCAGCAGCAGCUUCUGGUCUGGUGGCAUGCAGCUGCGGUCAGGUAGUGUUGAAUGCGGUGGCGCUCAGGAAGCACCAAGGUAUCCGACACUGUCAGGCGGUACUGCCACCAACGCCACCAGAGACUCAACCCAACACGGUAGCAGCAGAACCAAUAUUCCAAUUUCAAGCACCACCAUCUCCAGACUCCCAGGCAUGGGCCGCAUCACCUCCACAGGACACGCAAACGCAAGAGAGCAGCUUUGCUACUCAAGACUGGGAUGACGUACCGCCUGUUCAGCCAGGCAGCGGCCCUGCAAGUCCAGGUUCUCCGCGUGAGCCAUCACUCAGCCCAGUUUCUGACAUUGACAGCCCAACGCUACCUGACUUGCCUCAAGCGGAGCCAACACCACCGUUGAAUCCAGAAGACCACCAUCAAGAGGACAUCCCAGCAGACGGCAUUGUGAUUUGGCUGGGUGGCGGUGAGCCAGGAGCAGAGCCAGAGCCACCGGUAGAGCCGCCAAGAAUGCUCCUUGCCUCUGCUGCUGACACCGGUACACGUCUGCCGCCUGUUCCUGCCCGUGCACCAGUACAGGACUGGGAUGUGCCACCGCAACUUGCAACGCUUCUGCCAUCUCCAAAUGCAACCACUCUUACGUACGGAGAGCUGCGGGUGGAUGUGGCCAUCAUGGUGGAGGCAUUGCAAGACAUUGGCUGCGAGAGCAUACGCAUGUCUGCAUUUGGCAUCAAGGUGCCGAUCGAGCGCUUUGUUGAUCCAGCAGAGGUGGAGCCUCACCCGCUACAGCACACCAACCUGUAUGACAUUGGGCGCACAGUCUACACAAGGAGUUUGACGGUUCUAGCUCCAAGAACACGCAGAGGCCGCUACAAACAGUAUCCGCUGGCAAUGCAAGUGGGCCGGGGCUAUGGCGGUGUGGAGCUGAAGUGGAGCCGGCGGGAGGACGGACUGUCCCAUUUCAAAGCGUACUCCAAGCUCACGCACUUGCUCAAAGCCAGUGCUGCAGGUGCCGGCAAAGGGUUUCAGCCAAUGUUGGUUGGAGUGGUCAAAAACCGCAUCACAGCUUUGCAGUCCUGGAAGCAACGCAUCCAACAAGCAGCACCAACGCUGGGACAAGGAAUACGGCUCGAGUUGACUGUGCAGGCAGCAACACUUGCGCAAGCACAGGAAGCAGCAGAGGCCAGCCGAUACCUGGAUGCGCAGUUCCUCUUCUCAGAAGACGCUGGAGACAAGCAGCUCAUCACACACACGUUCUCAAGGAACGCAGUGUAUACCAACGUGGAUGCCAUGCUUACCAUUGCGGAAGAGAAACGGCUCUUCUCUGGAGAGGGAGCCAAGCCGUCAACACUAGUGCAGCGGCAGGCAGUGACUGAUCUGUACAAUGCCAUUGGUUGGAAUCCAGGACGCAAGCCAACACCACUGGACAGCCGGAAUGCGUGGUGGAAGCAGAGCCAGGCCGCCACCGCCUUGGAACAGCAGCUGGAGCGCUUCCAGACUGCAGCGCAAGCACGAGAGCUCUUCUCGCACCUCCAGAUCCACUUGCGGUGUCAAGCAUGCCGCCAGCGUGGCACCUAUCAGCGCACUGGCAGGGCAGAUGCAUUCCGAGUGCGGUGCAACCGCCAGGACUGCCAGCAUGCGCUCAGCAAGCAGCGCUUCCGUGCUCACAUUGCAAGAGAGGCGGAGGGCGGUCAUCUCACCGUCAACCUGGAUGCGCUGGUUGCCAACGUGUUGGAGCUUGCGUUCCGUCCGCAACCUGAGGGUGUGCUCUUGCGGAAUCUCAGCACAAGGCAGGAUCUGCGUGGUCUCAAACGUUCAAACAUAUACGCAACUGUGGAACACUUGCUUCUGCAGUGCGUGUCCAGGAUGCUGGAGCAAGAACACGGUGAGCAAUCUCCAGCAGAGAUUCAAGACGAGGCACUGGAUUGGUUGCGUGACUAUCCAGCGGCAGUGACCAACCAUCUUGGCACAGCCAGCCGGCCAGCUGCAGAUGCACUUCUUGAGCGGCUUGCAGAAGAAGGUGCCGAGUUGACACUUCCAGAAGAGAUGCUGCUUUUGCACGGCAUUGCUGGAGCCUUUGAUGUUGCGUUUGCCCAUUUGCGGCUAGUACGCAUGGGCUAUUCAUGCCAUGUCAUUCCACUCGAUAGUCAAGGGCCGUACCUUGGCUUGAUCAAUGUUGGUGCGCACAGCUACAAGAUCCUCACGCUGGUUCAGACUUGA